AUGUUCAGGACCCUUCAGCUAGAGGUAAGAAAAAAAACCGAUUGCGUGGUUCAAUCAAUUGAACAAAAGGGAGAUACAAUUUCUAUUAAAGUGGACGGGCAUAAGGUAUUCUGGGGGAAGCUUGUCUACCAUACUUUCAUAGUCGAGUUUGACCCUUUGAGUCAAAAGGGUCAGUGCGAGUGCUACAAAUUUGAAUCCGCUGGUAUAUUGUGUUGCCACACCCUUGCGGUGUGGUCAUACUACAGAGUUGACACAAUACCGAGUUGCUAUGUUAUUCCUCGAUUGAGUAAGAAUGUCAUCCACAAGCAUACUUACAUCAAGAGUGGCCAUGACGUGGCUCGGAAUGAUGAAAGCGAUAACUUGUUCAGGCAUUUGUGUUCAGAGUUCUAUAACGUUUCUCAGGAGUUUGUUUCUUGUGAUGAGGAAGCAGUCAUCUUGCGAGCUGCCCUUUGCGAUGCAAAGUCCAAACUGACUGAUUACCGUGCCAGCAUGUGUUCCACUACUGUUGCUGCGACUCAGAAUACCAUGCCCAUAUAG